GGCAGACUUUCUUGCAAAUCAUCCAUGUCUAGAAGUGGAAACAGAUGAAGAGAAAGGGAUUAACUUGUUUUCAAUAAGUUUAGUUCCCGGGAAACUUAUUUUUGAUGGAUCUAGUAUAGAAACCAUGUCUAGAGCUGGAGUCGUGGUAAUCUCCCCGUCUGGGCUAAAAACACAUAAGUCUUUCCAACUGGAUUUUGAUUACACAAAUAAUCAUGCAGAAUAUGAAGCUUUGAUUAUUGAUCUUGAGAUGUUGGUGGAGCUUAAAGUAUCCAUGGUUGAGGUUAUAGGGGACUCACAACUAGUCUUGAAGCAAUUGUCUGGUGAGUACAACUGUAUUAGCCUUGCUUUAGCCCCUUAUUUUGCCUUGGCUAUGCAAUUACUAGAAGAGUUUGAUGAUGUGUCCAUCAGACACGUGCCUAGAGACCAUAAUCAUGAAACUAAUGAAAUAGCUCAGAUUGCUUCAGGUCUACAAAUUCCUGAAGAUGAAAGUUUCCAGAUGUUGUCUAAUGUCCAUGAUGGGAUUUGUGGUGCACACCAGGCUGGGAUCAAGAUGCGCUGGCUGAUUCGCAGACAUGGUUUGUUCUGGCCAUCUGUCCUGAAAGACUGUAUUGCUUAUGGUAAAGGCUGCAAAUCUUGUCAAAUCCAUGGGCCACUUCAAAGAGGUCUAGCCUCUAAACUUAAUUCUAUUGUCAAACCAUGGCCAUUUCAAGGCUGGGCUAUUGACUUGAUUGUCUUGCCAAUGGAGAUAAUAGCUAGGUCUUUAAGAAUAGCAAUUCAGCAUAAUCUCCAGUCUGGGGAAUAUGAUGAGGCCAUGAUGCUUAAACUUGAGGACCUUGAAGACACACGUUUGGCAGCUUUGGAUAGAUUGCAAGCUCAAAAACUCAAAAUUGCAAAGUCUUACAACAAGAGAGUAAAAGGUAAAAAUCUGGCAGUUGGUGACUUGAUCUGGAAAGCAAUUUUACCUCUUGGCAAGACAGAUCACAGAUUUGGGAAAUGGUCUCCAAAUUGGGAAGGACCAUUCUGAAUUCAUGAAGUGUUGAGAAGGGGAGCUUAUUGGUUAGAGUCACUUGAUGGAGAUCUUCAUGCCAGAAAAAUCAAUGGAAUUUAUCUCAAGCCUAUAUUAUCCCACAGUCUGGGAGGCAAGAGGCUUAGAGUCCCAAGAAGCUGUCUAAGCUAGGUUCAUACUUUUGUCUGUGCAUAAUUAAAUUGGGUUUCUUUCA